UUUUCUUUGCAGAUCAUACAAAAUUUAAAGAAAAUUUAUAGAGACAUUGAUAACGUAGAUGUAUGGGUUGGAGGUUUGCUAGAAACGACUAGUAAUGGACCUGGGGAGUUAUUCCAUCACAUAAUAUUAGAGCAGUUCCUGCGAAUACGGGACGGAGAUCGAUUCUGGUUUGAAAAUAACAACAAUGGCCAUUUUUCAAGUGAGAAUGUAAGCAGAAUAAGAAACACCUUUUUGAAGAAUGUGAUUGUUGCUGUUACAGACAUUAAGGAGACUGAUAUCCAAGAUGAUGUUUUCCAUUACAAUGAAGAAGAUCCAUGCUAUGAGGUCGGUAAAACCCUCAACCUUCUGAUCAUUAACUCAUCUUCAAUGGAAAAGUGUACAAAUAUGCAUACAUUUGACUACUUUGAGGGGAGUGAAAAACCAUACAUGUUUUCAUUCGGUGCCAUGCUGACUUGGAUAUUUGCGUGUGCCUUGAUGCUGUUCAUACUGAGCAAAGCAACAAAUUGGUGGAAUAUUAAGAAACAGAAGCAGAUAGCUUUUCAACAAAGCGUGGAAUGCAUUAGUAACAUCAGAAUCUAUGCACAAGGUCAGAAAACCAACAUUAUAUUUCAUGUUGAUAUCCGUACAAUGAGCACAAUUAUAAUAAUAUUUAUUUCGUUUUUUUUGAAUAUGGUAUUUUUGUGCAUGAAUCUGUUUUCAUUUUAUAUACAUUAUUCCUAUAUUUUUAAGGUUCUGCUCUUUCCAAAUCGGAUCCUAAGGCAGAAAUUUGUGCAGGACUUGGAACGUUUUCUGGGUGGUUUAAAGAUCAUGGUAAAAACGAAAGAACUUACUCAAGAUAAUAUGCUAUUUGCAUCCAUAACGAAACAGCAAAGACAACAAACCUUAGAACGCUUUUUUCGAACAGCGUUUGCACAGGCAUUAACACAAAAUGUUAAUCCUGUAGAUAGGAUUACACGCUGGAAUACGGAAAUUGCUCAAGAAGUUUUGAGCUGCAGGCUUACAAAGCAUGAGUUUGCAGAAGCACUUUCGAUGCAACAGAACUCCUUAUUUGUUGAGCAGAUGUUUGAUGUUGUUGACAAGGAACAUUUUGGAACCAUUUCUUUCAGAGAUUUGUUAGAUAUGUUGGUUAUAUUUGCAAAAGGAACACCGGAAGAAAAACUGCGAUUGAUGUUUGAUGUUUACGAUAUUGGGCAUACAGGAACGCUUUCCAGAGAUGAAUUUAAAGCCAUGGUCAAGUCAAUGGUGGAAGGAAUGAGUGGGACUGUUGAGCAAGAUAACGUCGAAGAGCUAAUAAAUUCCAUGUUUGAAAGAGCAGGCUUCAAAGAAAAAGAAAAAUUGAACUUUAAAGAUUUCUUGAAAUUGAUGGAAGAACACAAAAAACACUUUGAUAGAGUGUAUAUCGGUGUUACAGGAAUUUGCAGCAAUGGCAACGUCCAAAUGGUGAAGGAACAGAUAUUUAAUAUCAGUACAUUCAAUGUCAGAGGACUAAAUAAUGAAAUCAAGCGUAAUCAGUUAGCACAAGAUAUCAUCAACUAUAACGUUGAUGUAGCCUGCUUACAGGAAACAAAAACCGAGAAGCCGAUCAACGAGGACAUAUGCGGGGACGCUUCAUUAACCUGGGAGCUGAGAUCAGGCAUUACGGGAAUGGCUUCUUCGUUCACAAGAGAUGGGUUAAAAGCAUUCAUAAAUAUUGGAAAGUAUCUGAAAGGAUUUCGGUUUUGCAAAUUAAAACAAGAGAAAGGAAGGGAAAUUGAGAGGAACAAUGACAGUAAAUUGAAAUGUGGACGAAAAGACUUUCGUUAUGUGAAGACAGUGAAGGCAAAAUACUACAGAACAUCGGUUGAGAGGAGUCUUUUGUCAACCACUAGAUUCAUUGAAAACAAUCGCCUACGAAUGUUUAAUCUUGCACUCUAUUGUUUGGUUGUACUUGGAAUAUUUGCAGAAAGGGCCUAUUAUUACUCCAUUGAACGAGAACAUACAGGAUUGAGGACAAUUGCUGGUUAUGGUGUAUCAAUAACAAGAGGUGCUGCCAGUGUGAUGCUUUUUACAUAUUCCCUUCUUCUUCUUACCAUGUGCCGCAACCUGAUUACCAAACUUAGGCAAACUUUUGUCAACAGAUUUAUUCCAUUUGAUUCGGCAGUAUGUUUUCACAAGAUUGUUGCAUUUUCAGCAUUAUUUUUCACAAUAAUCCACUGUGUUGGUCACGCCUUAAACUUCUACCACAUAGCAACUCAGCCAGCUGAUGAUCUGUCUUGUCUGUUUAGAGACUUUUUUCAUAGAUCACAUGAACUACCAAAGUUUCAAUACUGGCUCUACUACACAAUUACAGGUUCUACAGGAGUACUAUUGGUUGUAAUUACAUCCAUCAUAUAUAUAUUUGCUUCUCAGUAUGCUCGUCAGAAUUCAUUUAAUUUAUUUUGGAUUACUCACAACUUCUAUAUACUGUUGUAUAUUUUAAUGAUGCUACAUGGGAGUGGGCGACUUGUUCAGAGACCUUUUUUCCACCUGUUCUUUGUUGGUCCAGCGAUUGUGUUCGUAAUUGACAAGUUAAUCAGUGUCAGUAGGAAGAAAGUAACAAUAUAUGUGAAGAGAGCUGAUCUUUUGCCUUCAAAUGUAACUUACCUCGAAUUUCAAAGACCCAGCCAUUUUGAAUACAAAUCAGGACAAUGGGUUCGUAUAUCUUGCCCAAGAAUAGGUAACUCCGAGUUUCAUCCAUUUACACUAACAUCGGCACCUCAUGAAGACACUCUAACUGUUCACAUUCGAGCUGUAGGACCAUGGACAACCAAGCUUUACCAUUUGUUUGAUCCAAAUAAUUUGAAAGGCUCACAGUAUCCUAAACUUUGUCUAGAUGGGCCGUUUGGUGAAGGACAUCAAGAUUGGUAUCAAUUUGAUAUUGCCGUUCUAAUUGGCGGAGGGAUCGGGGUCACUCCAUAUGCAUCAAUAAUGAAGGACAUUAUCAAUAAGACAAAUAACAACUCCAGAAUAAGUUGCAAGAAGGUACGUGUAUAUAAAUACAUCAAUAAUAAUAAGUGGUCGAAUUGGGGCAUAUGA